AUGAGCGCAGUCGAAUCCAACGGCCAUGCAUCCGUGGCAGCGGCCAGGGACACAACGAUCAGUGACGUGAAAGACGCGACGGAUCAGUUGAAUGCCGCAGUUCAGACCUUUGCUGCCAGUAACGAAAGCGCUGGCGAUAUGGCGGACAAAGCCCAGCGCCAGCAAAUCAUCGAGGCGGCGCAAAAGGUCUUGGACGCCGUCAAGAGGCCUGACGACAUCUGGUUUGACCGUGAGUUACCGAAAGACCCAUCUCACCCGUCUCGAGGCCUUUUCACGGCUCGCCAGGCAUCUCUGGCGAGCACUCUGGAACACCUAGCUUACACUUCCGCAGUAAACAUGAACAUCGCACGGUAUGCUGCAGCCCAGAUCUUCUACAAGUGGGGAGCUUUCGAGGCCAUCCCAGUGCAGGGAAGCAUCUCGUACCAGGAUUUGGCCGUUGUGACAAAGUCGGAAGAGGCCCUUCUGAGACGCAUCGGAGGAGUUCUUGUAUCCCAAGACGUUUUGAAGCAAAAUGGAGAGGACCAUAUCCUUCAUACACAGAAGUCACUCGGGUAUAGGAGUGAGAAUGCGUCUAACUACGUCUUUAAUAUGAGCUGGACUAAUGCCUUCGUUCCCUACGCCAAGAUGCCUGAGUAUUUCGAAAAGUACGGCCGCAAGGAGCCACAGGCAAUCAACCAUGUGCCGUUCAGCUUCGCGCACGGCAAGCCUGACCUGUCAUUUUACGAGGUGAUUGCCGAGGACGAGGCAUGGGUGGGCGGCUUCCUCAAGGGUAUGGCGCACAUCGAGUCGCGCAUGCCCGUCACUGCGGGUAUAUACGACUUCUCGUGGCUGGUGGCGGAAGCGAGGGCGCACCCCGACUCGGACAGGGCUGUGCUCGUCGACAUCGGUGGAGGCAAGGGCGGAGCCAUCAAGGCUAUCCACAGGGAAUUUCCGGGCCUGCCCAUCCAUCGCUUUGUCCUGGAGGACCGACCAGAGACGAUCGAGGCUGGCAAGGCGUUGAACGAGCCUGAGCUGGCGGGUGUUCAGAGGGUGGCCCUUGACUUUCACAAGGAUCAGCCCGUCAAAGGGGCUUACACGUACUGGAUGCGCCGCUGCUUCCACAACUAUUCCGACGACGUGUCCAGGAACAUUCUUCGGAUCAUUGUCAAUGCCAUGGCUGACGACAGCAGGCUUCUGAUUCAGGAGGAUGUCCUCGAGAACCCUCCUCACCAGUGGGCAGCCCACCUGGACUUCAUGAUGCUGGGGCUUGGCGGGAAACAGCGCACACUGAAGAAUUGGGAAGAGGUUCUGGGAUCUGUUGGACUGCGGAUUUCCAAUGUCACGAGAGGCGAAGGGCCGUGGAAAUCGUUGUCGGUUAUCGAAGCCGUCAAACAGUGA